AUGUCCAACCUGAUGACCCAAUUUAUGGCUAGUAAUAUAGAUCAGCACCAAAAUAAUGGAAGACAGAAUAAUCAACAUCAAAAUAAUGGGGGAAACAGUGGGGGUAGAGAUGAACAGUCUGUCAAUAAUCAGCCAAAAAGAACAGGAACAGCUAGACCUUUUAUGCCUACAUUUACUGCUAGAAACCAGCCGCCUAAAAAUGAACCUACAAUAAGAGAAAUACAGGAAGAAAUACAUCAAGAUUGGUUUGAUUCUAAAGAUCCUGAAUUGCAUCUUAAAGAUUUGACUCAGCUUAAACAAACUGGAACUGUUGAACAAUAUAUUUCUGAAUUUGAAAAAUUGGCAGUUUUAGUUACUGAAAUUUCAGAAAGACACGAGAUUGUAAUAUUUAUAGAUGGAUUGUUAGAUAAAGAAGAAAGGGAAGAACUCAGAAAGAAAAAACUAUGUUUCAGCUGUAGAGAGUCAUGGCAGCCAGGACAUAGAUGUUUGGGAAAGGGGAAAAUUCAUUAUAUUAAGGUUAUGUCAGAUAGUGACGAUGAAGAGAAUGUUGAUCCUAAUAUAGAAAAUGUACCACAAAACACAAAAUCAAGGACAGGAACUAAACAUGGAGAAGGGGUAAUAGCAUCUAUGACAAGAACACCGCAUUAUAAUAUCUUCAGAGUUAGAGGGGUUUUGAAUGGGCAGUGUGUGGUUGUCAUGCUUGAUAGUGGUUCUACUCAUAAUUUUAUAGAUGUAGCUCUUGUGGAAAAACGUGGAUUGCAAACUGAAAAACAUGAAGGUUUUGAUGUUAGAGUAGUAGGUGGAACUAAUUUGUCCAGUACUCAUAAAGUCCCUAAAUUGAGUAUUACUCUUGGCAAUUAUAGUGUUACCGAUUAUUUUUAUGUGAUUGACUUGGUUGAUACAAAUGUUGUUUUGGGCAUUCAAUGGAUGGAAACAUUAGAUGAGUACACGCAGAGUUUUAAAAGAUCGGAUUUUUCUUUUAAGAUUGAUGAUAAGAAAGUAGUACUUCAGGGUAUGUCUAACAGUGGUCCCAGAAUCGUUACUGCUAAAAGAAUGGAGGCUAUUUUCAGACAUGGAGAUGUGGCAUGUGAUAUUCCUCCAGGAGUUCCACCUGAUAGAGGAUUUGAACAUACUAUUGAAUUAGAAGAAGGACAUAUGAUUAGUGCUACAGGUGUACAAGUUCAUCGGGAAAAAAUAAGAGCCAUUUUGGAUUGGCCACCGCCACGAAGUCUCACAGAUUUACGAGGAUUCUUUGGAUUACGUAGUUAUUACAAAAGGUUUGUUAGAGGGUUCUCACAGCUAGGGGCACCGUUGACAGAUCUUACCCAAAAGGGGGCAUUCCAUUGGACAGGGGAGGCACAACAAGCUUUUGAGAAACUGAAAAAGGUAAUGAGCUCUUGCCCAGUACUUGCACUCCCAGAUUUUAAUCAACCUUUCGUCUUGGAAUGUGAUGCAUCUGGUGAAGGAAUAGGAGUAGUUUUAAUGCAAAAUAAACAUCCUAUAGCAUAUGAAAGCAAGAAACUAUAUAAUCUAGAGAGAUUGUAUUCUAUCUAUGACAAAGAAAUGUUGACAAUCAUGCACACAUUGGCAAAAUUUAGACAGUAUUUGGUUGGUGGCAAAUUUGUAGUCAGAACUGACCAUAACAAUUUGAGAUAUUUCUUGGGACAAAAAGACUUGAAUGACAGGCAGCAAAAGUGGAUCAGUAAGAUCCAAACUUAUGAUUUCGAAAUUGAAUAUGUGAAAGGUAAAAACAAUGUGGUUGCAGAUGCACUAUCUAGAAGGCCUGAAAUAAAUGCAUUAUCUGUAAUAACAGCUGAUUGGAAAUCUUUAUUGCUGGUAGAAUAUUCUAAGGAUUCUUUUGCUUGUGAUUUGUUAGAUGGUAAUACACAAGACGAUAAAUAUAAGGUUGUAAAUGAUGUUAUUUAUUACAAAGACAUAAUUUAUUUGAUUCCAGGAUCGAAGUUGAAAGAGAAAAUCCUCCAAUCAAUGCAUGAUGUUCCUUUAGCAAGGCAUCCCUGCUACUUCAAAACUUAUCAGCAGAUAAGAGAAAGAUUCACCUGGAAAGGACUAAAGAAUGAUGUCCUCCGUUAUGUCAAAGAAUGCAUCACUUGUCAACAAAAUAAAGCAGAGCAUACUUAUCCUGUGGGUCUAUUGCAACCUUUGCCUAUACCGGAAUAG